AUGGCCGGUGCCGGCAGCACCCAAGAACAUUCUCGGGACUGUGCUGCCUCCGACCCAGAGACUGGAGCUGGGCGCCACCCCACCCCGGAAAAAGCUCCCAUGAUCUGUAGCAGCAGCGUUUCAGGGAUUAUGGAAAAUCGCGACACGCGUCUGGCACCAGGUUUCCCCUUAACGCCCUUGUUCCAGCACCAGCGAAUGUGGUUGUUCUCCGGUCUGCUGGCACCUUUGCCUGAAAAGAGAUGGGAGAGAGGGACGCAGGAGAAAAAGAUAGAUGUAUUUAAGAAAGUUUCUCUUAAGUUUUGUUUUCUUGUCACCUCCGUCUUUUCUAUCAAACCCCUCAGGAACGUGAAAUCAGGAAACUUCUCAGCUACUACAGACUUCCUCCUCCUGGGACUGUCAGAGGAUCCACAACUGCAGCCCCUGCUAUUCUGUCUGUUCCUGUCUAUGUACCUGGUCUCUGUGUUUGGGAACCUACUCAUCAUCCUGGCUACUGUGUAUGACUCCCACCUCCACACCCCCAUGUACUUCUUCCUCUCCAACCUGUCUUUUGUUGACAUCUGUCUCACCUCCACUACCAUCCCAAAGAUGCUUGUGAACAUCGAGACACAGAGCAAAUCCAUCAGUUACACAGGCUGCCUCACCCAAAUCUGCUUCGUCCUGACUUUUGCUGGAUUAGAAAAUGGAAUUCUGGUAAUGAUGGCCUUUGAUCGAUUUGUGGCCAUCUGUCACCUAUUGAGGUACAAGGCCAUCAUGAACCCCAAGCUCUGUAGGCUAUUCGUUCUGCUGUCUUUCCUCAUUAGUGUUCUGGAUGCCCUUCUCCACACUUUGAUGGCACUGAGGCUGUCCUUUUGCACAGACCUGGAAAUUCCCCACUUUUUCUGUGAAUUAGCUCAUGUCCUCAAGCUUGCCUGUUCUGAUAUCCUCAUCAAUAACAUCCUUGUGUACUUAGUGACCAGCCUGUUGGGUGUUGUACCUCUCUCUGGGAUAAUUAUCUCUUACACUCAAAUUGUCUACUCUGUUCUGAAAAUCCCAUCAGCUGGUGGAAAGUAUAAGGUAUUUUCCAUCUGUGGGUCACACUUAAUAGUUGUUUCCUUGUUCUAUGGGACAGGUUUUGGGGUAUACCUGAGUUCUGCAGCUACUCACUCCUCCCGGAAGAGUGCAAUAGUAUCAGUGAUGUAUACCGUGGUCACCCCCAUGAUGAACCCUUUCAUCUAUAGUCUGAGGAACAAGGACAUGAUGGGGGCUUUGAGGAAGCUCAUCUCUAGAAUAUCAGCUUCCCAUUAAUGUGUCAGCUGCUUUGGGCUUACACACACUGCUGCAAUUUGACAGAGAGAAAUAAUGUGUGAUCCAGAAAGCCUGACCAACAUUGAAUAUAUGAAACCAGAGGUCAAGUGGUGAGGGUAAGAAUUUUGGAAUCAGACCAGCUGGGUUUGAAUCCUACCUCUGCUGAAACAGCCA